CCUACAGACGAUCGGCAGGAUCCCCUCCGGUUCGCCACGUCUGCUGCUCACUUGCUGGCUGCUUCGCCUUAGGGAAUUGGUUUGGAAAAUUAAUUCUAGCCUCCGCCACAAAGACACCAUGGAAAUCCAGGAGAUGGACCUCAGAGAGAUGGGUUCUGUGAUCCAAUCCCGUGUGGUCUUGGAGGUGUCCAGCCAGGUCCAGUCGCUCCUGGAUUCCCUGGAGACCACCAAGCUAGAGAUCGCUGUGACAGGCGAAUCCGGAGCUGGCAAAUCCACCUUCAUCAACGCCCUGCUGGGACUUAGCGACGGAGACCCCCGUGCUGCCGCUACCGGUGUCAUCGAAACCACAGCCGUACCCACAUCGUACUCUCACCCUCGUCUGCCCAGCGUCCUCCUGUGGGACCUGCCGGGCAUCGGCACCCCAUGCUUCCAAGCGGAGCGCUACCUGGAGCAGGUGGGUCUCGAGAGGUACGAUUUCUUCAUCAUCAUCGCCUCGGAGCGGUUCCGGGAGAACCAUGUCAGACUGGCCCGCGCCGUGGGCUCCAUGGGCAAGCGUUUCUACUUUGUCCGCUCCAAGGUGGACCAGGACCUGAAGGCUUCACAGCGACGAAGGCCAGCCUGUUUUGAGGAGGCUCAGGUGCUGUGGGCGAUAGAGGCGGACUGCCUCCGCCAGCUGCGGAAUGAAGGCCUGGAUUCCCCCAAGGUCUUCCUGGUCUCCAGCUUCGAGCUGCACCGGUUUGACUUCCAGCGCUUGCAAGACACUCUGGCCGAGGAGCUCGAAGGCCACAAGAGACACGCCUUGCUGCUCUCCUUCCCUUGCGUCACGGCAGCAGCUGUGGAGAAGAAGAAGGCAUCGCUGCGCAAGCACAUCUGGAAGAAGGCGUUGCUGGCCUGCGCCGUCUCGGCCUUGCCUGGCCAGAACCUCCACCUCAACAUCCCCAUGCUCAUGAAAACCCUACACUCCUACCGCAAGAGUUUCGGCCUGGACGACGAGUCCCUGGGGGUCUUGGCCCUCGUGGCCUCCAAGCCCCGCCAUGAGCUGACCAGUCAGGUGAGCUCAGCAUUGGGGAAGGAUCUUUCGGAGAACGCCGUGCACGCCGUCCUGAGCCAAGCCGCCUUGUACGGCCAAGUGGCUGCCCGGGUGGUGAAGAACAAAGUGCCUCUUUUUGACAACAUGGUAGCUGGGGCCAUCUCUUUCGUGGGUGCCUAUUACCUGCUGCACACUGCCCUUGAUAGCUUUGCACAAGAUGCCCAGAGGGUCCUAGGACGGGCCUUUGGUUUGGAGGAUGAGGCUCAGGGCUACCCUCCAGAACCAGGAUUUAUUUUUGAUUGAAGGUGGAGCAAGAGAGCUUCUUAAAAGUGCUUGGGGAUCAUAGGUGCCUUUCCCCGCACUCUUUUAUCCACCAGUCCUGCUUCUUAGUCACUUAGGUCCAACUAACCCAGGAAAACGCAGUCAAAAGUCUUUGUGGGAUGAACUUCACGUUGGCAGUUCCAUCCAAAAACCCUGAUGCACCCGCUGAUAUAACUGCCUUCCAUGAAUGGUGCUAUGCUAACUGGAAAGAUCUUGUGCAGUUCUACUAGUUAUGGUGGGUUACUGUUAUCAGAAUCCUACAUACAACGUCCAGUGAUACAACUUUUUGUGGAAAAUAAUAAAUUGCCAAAAGAUUAAAAAAAUCCCAAUGCAAAUUAAUUCAGUUGGCAUUGGAAAAUUUCCUGAGCCCCUUGAGUCAUUGAAUUCAGCAUGCUUGCUUUUAUUUGUGUUUCAUAAACAUAGCUAAAAACAUUGAUUAGAAGUCAGGCUUCCCUAAUGCCAUAUUUGCAGUUGGCAUCCACUGUUGCUAAUGAACUGAUGAAGUGGAAACAUUUUUGACCCAAAUCACUGAUGGUGAGUGCAAUCACUUUGUUAUCCUCCUGUAGCCAGGACAGUAGAACCCUGAAGAUUUCGAAGCAUUAUAGAGCAUCCACAGAAGCUCAGACUGGAUGUAGUACUAAUGGGAUCAUUCCUUCCUUUGCAAAUCACAAUCAUGGUACACAUGGGUGCAAUUCUGAUCAGGUCCGUGGAUGAAAGUCAUUUUCCACCCAUGCCAUGGCUUUGAUAUGGCUCACCAGCUAUUUGCAACAGGAGAAACAACAAUCUGAAGGGCACGUCACAUGACAGUGACAAAUCCUAGUUCAGCCGUAACUGCGGACAGGGUACCAAACUGGCUAGACAGUUUUCCAGUUGACUGUGAUUGCAGGAUGGAAUGCAGAGAAGUACCAUCACUAUCUCCCUUUCUUUGCAGGAUCUCUCCUCCUCAAAUGGCUACAUCUGGGAGUGCUGGGAGAGAUCAUAACUCACAGAGUCUGUGUUUGAUUCUGACUUGGCUUUAAAUGCAUUUAACAGAAAGGAAUCUAGUGGGAGGCAGACCACAACACGAUGGAUUGGAGCCAGGAAUGUGAAGAUUGUGCGGCGACUCUGCCAAAGCACAGGGUUUUGAUUGUGUGAAGCUGGAAGGAGAAGCAGCCCUUUAAAUGACGCAAACUGCCUCUCCUGUGGGAAUCACUUUGCAAAUGCAAACUUCAGGUGCACUUUCUGUAACUCCAUUCGGAUUGUUACCUUAACUUCAGAAGUGACCAGUUCUAACAUUGCAGACCCGGGACUGCAUCGUCUGUGAGCAGAUUUAUUCUUUAUAAGAGUCAUCUUGUAUUAAAUAAAGUUGUGUGUGAGUGCGAGUUCUGGUGCAUCUUGAUCACAGGUGCAGGCAGUAGCAAUCUUCCUCUGAUGUUACACUGUUCAGUAGAUUGUGAGCCAUUAUCGUAGCGUGCCAGCUAUCAAAUUGCAUUGACCAUCUCAUGUACUUUUUGAAAGUAAUAAUUGAUUUUCAAGUUAGCAAUCUCCGUAUCGUGAGUCAUAACCCAGGGCAAUUGCUUAUUAGUUUGACCAGCAAGGAAAAUAUAUUUCUGUACCAUCUAUGUUUUUACAAUGUAAAGGGCAUGUCUAACCAAUAAAUUUUUCUAUUUUUCUGCA